GAUCAGCCGCGCAGUGUAGGCUCUGGAAGGGUUGAGCUAUGGCAAGCCAGGGCACCCUUGCCGAGGCCCUAGGCUGCAUCGAGGAGGUCGCGCGGGACCUAGUUUUCUACGAGACUCCUUUGUACAAGCAAGCUACCGAGCAAGCAAUCCUCGCAAAGUGCCAAACUUCAUUAGAGAAAUGCCGCCCGGUCCUCAUAGCCAACGCUGAGGCUAUUACCAACGCGGACUGGAGGAACAUAGCCUCGCUCGUUGGACCACUGGCUCACUGUCUCCUCGUCCCAGCGACUCCCCAGUAUACAGCCUCGGCAAAGGCCCGCCACUCCAGCGCCUCCGCGGUGGCGGUGCUGGCCUCUCUGUCUUCCACCACCGAGCGUGCCAAAGUCAUUCUGACGGCGGCGCUGGAGGCGGGGGUGGUGGACGCGUUCGUGGGCACGCUGCGCCACAGCCUGCGCCACCCCAAUCCCGACAGGGUGGUCCGGGCCAUGUUGUACAAGAUGAUCGACACGCUGAUGGGUCUGGCCUGCUAUGCCAGCCUGGCGCACCAGCAGGUGCUGGUGUCCAAGGACGUGGCGGACGUGUGCUUGGAGCUGCUCACCAGCCCCGCCACCGAGCCCGAGUCCAAGCUGCUGGCCUCAAAGACCCUCUACAACAUGCUGGUCACGCCCCCCGGCGGCGUGGUGCAGGCGCUGCGGACCAGCAAGGUGACUGCCCUGAACGCGCAGCUGCAGCAGCUGGCGGCGCUGGUGCCGGACCCGGUGUCGGCGGCCACGUCGGCUCUGGCGGUGGGCGGCGGCGGCGGCCCCACCAAGGCCAUCAGCAUGCCGCCGCUGCUGGCGGCCAUCAUGACCUGGGUGUGGUUCCUGCCCGACUACAUCCUGGACCACCUCAUUGAGUCUCUCACCUCGCUGCUGGCGCGCGUGGUGGUGCUGGUGUGGCCGCAGGGCUGCCCCGGCAUACCCGUGCGCCUGGGGGCGGCGGGAGGGGCGGCGGCGGGCUCGGGCGGAGGGGCGGCAGGCGAGGAGGGCGGGCUGGGCGGCGGCGCGGCAGGCGGCGAGGCGGAGCCGGUGGCGGGUCCGUUGCAGGCGGCCCAGCAGUCGCUGCCCAACCGCUCGCUGCGCCAGGCGCUCACUAACUGCUUCGCCGCGCUGUGCUGCAGCGCCGUGCCCACAGACCCCAGGCUGGCGCGCUGCCUGCGGGGCAGUCGACUGCCGGGCACGGCGGCGGGGGGGCUGGAGGAGUUUGACGGGGGGCUGGAGCUCCUGGGGGGCAGCCCGGGCCCGGGUGUGUUUGACACGGCGCUGCCGGCACGCCUGGUGCGAGUGCUGUUCGAGGGCCGACCGGACGGAGUGGAGGUCAAGGUGGCCCUUGAGCUCCUAGACGAGCUCUUCGCCGCCGCCGACUCCGCCGCCUCAGCCGCCGGCGCAGCCGGCGGCGGCGCAGCCGCCGCCCACCCCUCCUACAUCGGCGGCGCCGGUGGCGGCGGCGGCGGCGGCGCCAACCCCAACGAGGGCCUUGCUGACCUGCUUGCCGAGGAUUGUUUGUCUGCGGGUCUGUUGCGAGCCAUGAGCGAUCUGGCGGUGUUUCCGGCCAUGCGCACGGAAGUGGGGCUGCAGGGCCUGUCCGCCUACGUCAGGCUGUCCUCCAAGCUGGUCAAACGCGCCGCCGCCUCCACCGCCGGCCUGACUCCCGGCACGCCCGGCGGCCUGGCGGCGCGGCUGCGCGACAGCGGCGUCCCCGCCUCGGUCGCCUACAUCGCCUUCUGGCCGGGUGGCAAACUGAACCUCAAGCUGGAGGCGCUCAUGGCGCUGCACGAGCUGGUGCAGCUGGAUGUGGCCGCUGCGGAGGCGGUGGUGGCGCUGCCCAACUUCGCGGUGGCGCUGGUGAACACGCUGCUGGGCGGAGACCCGGAGACCAGGAAGCCGCCCAAGAAGUCGGGCGGUAGCAAGAAGAAGGGCGGCGGCGGCGGCGGUGGCGGCGGUAGCGGCGGCGGCGGCGGCCGUGGCGGGGAGAUGAACGCGGGUGUGGAGGGCGGGCGCUCCCUGCGAGACCAGAUCCAGGACGCCUCGCUGGAUGUGCUGUCGGUGGUGCUGGACGUGUCGCGCGAGAGCGACAAGGUGUGGCAGUUCCUGUUGGAGAGCGGCCUGCUGUCACGGCUGCUUCAGCACCUGCCCGCCUUCCCCAUGGCGCCCGGGCUGACGGCCGCCUGUGUGCCCCACCUGCUGCCGCUGCUGGCGCACGAGGACGGUGCGGUGCAGGCGGCGGCGGCGCGGCUGCUGCGGAGCGUGGUGGAGGACUGUGUUCGCUACCGGCGCGACUCGGUGGAUGUGGAGCAGGGCGACGAUAUCCUGAGGGCGCUGCUGGCGGCGGGACCCGCCAUCGACACCGCAGACGCAGUGGCGGCGCAAAUGGCGGCGGCGCGCGCCGCCGCCGCGGCUGCCGCCGCCGCUAGCAGCGGCGGCGCCGCCGGGGAGGUGGCGAAGGUGGAGCCGGGGGCGGAGGGCGCCGCCGGCGCGGCUGUGGGGCCGUCGGGGGCUGAAGCGGCGGCGGCAGGGGCGCCGGCGGCGGCGGCGGGGGCUGCGAUGAUGGAGGGGGUGGAGGGGGCGCCGCCUGCGGCGACGUCCGCGGCGGCAGGGCCCUCAGGCAGCGCGGGGACGGGGGCAGCGGCAGCGGCGGCGCCGAAGGCGGAGCCGGAGGCGGCGGCCGCCACUGCUUCCGCGCCUUCCUCUGGCGGCAAGGGCAGUGGCGGCAAGGCGGCGGCGGCGGACGACGGGGGUCCGGGCACGCGGGCGGGGACGGCGGAGCCGGAGGACGCGCCAGAGCUCGUUGACGUGACGGCGCAAGGCCUGGGCAUCAUGUGCGCGGCCCUGCAGUCCUGCCUGGCCGCCGCACAGGCCCAACACACCAGCGCCGGCAGCGGCGGCGCCAGCCGCCGCGGCGGCGGCGCCGCCAUGCCCACCGCCUCCCCGCGCGUGAGCGGCGGCACUGGGUCGCCGUCGAAGCUGGGUGCAGGGGCGGCGGCGGCGGCGCCGCCAGUGCCGGUGCCGUUGGCAUUUGAGGCGGAGUCGGUUGGGCUGCUGCGGGACCUGUUGCUGAGCGUGGCGGCGCUGGCGGAGGCGGCGUCGGGCUUGCCGGCGCACGGGCAGGUGCGGCGGCACGUGGCGCGAGCGUUCGCGUACGCCGCGCCCGCCGUCGCCGAGCUGGCGAGCUGCCUGCAGGUGACGUCUGCGGCGCCGACGGGGGGCGUGAGCAUGAGCGGGCUGGAUGCGUGGCAGCACUCGGAGUUGUCGGCAGCGGCGGCGCGGGCCGGCGGCGCGCUGGCGGCGGUGCCGGUGCUGGAUGUGGCGCUGCUUCCCAAGCCCAAGCCCGAGGAAGACGAGGAGGAGAAGCCGGCCGUCCCCGCCAACGGCCGGAAACGUGCCGUCUCCAACAAGCGCGCCUCCAAGGAGGCCCUGGGGGCUGCAGCGGCGGCGGCAGCCGACGGCACCGGACCCGGGUCCACCGCCGCCGCGCCGCCCGCCAAGCGGCAACGCACUGCCUCCCUGGCCGCUAGGGAGGCGGCGGCGGCCGCCGCCGCCGAGGCCGCCGCCGCCAACGCGGCCACCACCAUGCAGCGCGGCCGCUCCGCCGCCAUGAUGCCGGCGGACGGCCCCGCCGGUAGCCCCCUGCUAACGGCGCAGCGUGCCCACUCCGGCGCCGCGGACGGCGCCGCCGGCCUGCUGCCGUCGUUUCCAUCGGCAGGCGCCCGCCUCCCGUCGUCAGGCCGGGCCCACGGCGGCGGCGGCGCCGCCGCCGUGCUGCCGUUACCAGGCAUGGCGGCGGUCCGCGCGCCGCCGCCGUCUGGCAGCGCCGGGGGCGGCUUCCCCGAGCCCUCGCCGAGCACCUCCAUGGACGGGAUGCCCCGAGCGGCGUCCUUUAACAACGGCGCGCCUGGCUCCGCGGCCGCUGGCGGCGCCGCCGGCGCCGCCGGCGCUCGGCCGUCGGUUGCGGACUUCAAGGCGCGCUUCCUAGACAUGAAGAACCAGAACACGCGGCUGCAGGAGGAGCUGGAUGCGGCGAAGAAGCGGGCGGAGGCGGCGGAGGCGGCGAUGCAGAAGCUGACGGCGGCGGCGGCGGCACGUGCCAAGGAGGUCCAACGCCUGAAGCUGCAGCUGAAGGGGUCCGAGGACCAGGCGGCGGCGCUGACGGUGGCGCUGACGGAAGCCAUGCGGCGGUUGGAUCUUGCUGAGGCGGCGGCAGCGGCGGCGGAGGCGGCGGCGGCAGGCCGCGCCGCCGCCGCUGGCGGCGGCGGCGCCGGCGGCGCCGCCGGUCUGCAGGAUCAGCUGGCGGCUCGGGACGCUGAGAUUGACCGCUUGCUGGCGGAGAAUGCGCGGCUGCAGCGGGAGCUAGAGGAGCUUAACGACAUUCCGUUGUAAGGCGGCGGAGGCGGUGCUGGCGGCGGGCUCGGCCGCCGGCCGCCGGUGUGGUCCUGCGGCGCGGCGGCACGCGCGUCGCCGGGAGGGAACCCCGUGCAGCGGCAAUGGCUUGCGCUAAUGCCGCUUGCGUUGCGGGCUGUGAGGGCAUACGGGGCAUCCACAUGGGGGGGAGCAUCCCAGCCAUUGGCAUUAUUUAUAGCUAUAGGCGUCCACCGAGCAGAACAUAAUGUUGAAACGCUUUAAUUUCUAGACUGCCGCGUGUGCGUGUCUGUGUGGGUGUGUGAUGGGACAGUGGUAAGGCAAGUUGGCAAAGUCGCGUGUGCGUGUCUGUGUGGGUGUGGGCCGUGUGUGUCUAUGUGUGUGAGGGGAGGUGAUAUUCAAGGCACCGAUUGAUUGACAUGCACUGAACAAGCAUUGAAGACGGAGAGGGUGUGGAUGUCAUGAGGCUGCCCGAUGGCAUGAAACCCGGAAGCCUGCCUCACACAUAACCUGGGCGCCUAAAUAAACCCCAAAACUUAAACAGCAGGAAGAGGCCCUGGCAAGACCGCUUUGCGAGGUUAACUGGUGGAGUGAUGGGAGAGGCCUUCCCGUCGCACCAAGAUCAACCGUCCAGUCCUUUUAUGCGGCCAGUCAAACGCUGCCGCACACGUGCAAACACGGGAGCUAUCUGUGCCUAUGUCUGUGGUUUUGUCGUUGUACGGACGUACGGUUGGGAUGACGCGGGGAACUGACGUUUCCGUUGUUGGCGCUGCGGGUGGGCGGCUGCAUCAGCCGCCUGCUGCAGCCGGCAACAGGUGAUUGUGAGGGUGGGGGCUAGCUCGAAGAGAGGGGGCGCGUGGGGGCCAAGUGAUAUUAGACAGGCAGACAGACAGACCCGGCACAGGUGCUGUGCUGUUGUGUGUGAGGAACAGGGUCAGGCCGCAUCAAGCUACUGGUGGGGAAGUUUGUUCGGGAGGCAGCGGCUGGGAGUACGGAAGUGUGUUUGCGAGGCAGGGCAAAGGGGGGCGGCGUAGGGGUCCUGACAGUGUGCAUGGCAGCGCCAUGGGCCCGUGCCAUGUCUGCCGCAUUUGCAUAUAAUGACGCGAAUGUG